AAGACAUUCAGUAUAUUAGGUUAUCACUUUUCUUGUUUUCAGUCAAAGUGUGUAUUUUCAGUGUUAAUUUACACAGAAGCAAUAUAAUUAAUUUGUAUGAUUGUUGCAAAGAAAUUGUUUUAUUCCACGUCCUGCAUAUUGUUAGCACAUCAUCUGCAUAUUGCAGCUUUGGCUACAAAAUUCAUAAAAAAUAUGGAAGACGAUAAAUUCAAAUACGAAUCGGGUGCAAGUUCUAUUGCUUUUGUUACCGCGCCUGAUGAUAAAAUAGCAAAAAAAUUAGCCAAAGGAUUGGUAGAAGAAAAACUGGCCGCUUGUGUGAAUAUAAUUCCAAACAUACAAUCAGUGUAUAUGUGGGAGGGCAAGCUUAAUGAGGACAAUGAGUAUUUGAUGAUAAUCAAAACGCGAACAAGCCGUGUAGAGGAAUUAUCAAAGUGGGUGCGUAAUAAUCAUCCGUAUAGUGUCGCAGAAGUUAUUACGCUUCCAAUUGAGCAUGGAAAUUUGCCGUAUAUGAAAUGGUUAUCAGAAUCUGUACCACCCAAAAAAUAAACUCUAAAGUAAAAUGUAAGAUUAAGCAUAAAUGGUUACAAAUUAAAAAAUUAUAGAAUUAAAAUCGACAUCACCAUCUGAGUCUAAAAACUUAUUUUUAAACUGCGGUAUCAACGUUUCAGCGUCGAAUUAAAAAAAAUAUGUUUCUAAAAAAUAUAUUUAUAAUACAACCAGAA